AAAUUGAAAGAUGAAGAUCCAAUUUUGCCAUCCAGAAAUCCCCAAAUUUUCCCCUGCGACGACUACACGAGGAAAAUCCUUUUAGGAGAGAGAGAGAAAGAGGUUGAAGAAGAGAGAGUUCAGGCAUUAAUGGCGGAGGGGAAGAAAGAGAGAAAAUCGAGCAGCGAGGAGAGCGUGAAGCUGUUCGUUGGUCAGGUGCCGAAGCACAUGACCGAAGCUCAGCUUCUCGCAAUGUUCCAAGAGUUUGCUCUGGUCGACGAGGUCAACAUCAUCAAGGACAAGGUCACCCGUGCCUCUCGAGGGUGUUGCUUCGUCAUUUGUCCGUCGAGACAGGAGGCAGAUAAAGCCGUCAAUGCGUGUCACAAUAAGAAAACCUUGCCCGGGGCAUCUACUCCGUUGCAAGUGAAGUAUGCAGAUGGCGAGUUGGAAAGGCUAGAACACAAGCUUUUUGUUGGUAUGCUUCCAAAGAACGUUUCUGAAGCAGACGUUUCUGCUCUUUUCUCUACAUAUGGAACCAUAAAGGACUUGCAAAUAUUAAGAGGUUCUCAGCAAACUAGUAAAGGUUGUGCCUUUCUAAAAUAUGAGACGAAAGAGCAAGCUCUUGCAGCCCUGGAGGCCAUCAAUGGGAAGCACAAAAUGGAGGGUUCAAGUGUUCCUUUGGUUGUCAAAUGGGCAGAUACAGAAAAAGAAAGGCAAGUUCGAAAGGCUCAGAAAGCUCAAUCCCAGGCAUCCAAUGUGCCAAAUGCUGAUUCACAACAUCCUUCACUAUUUGGAGCCUUGCCAAUUGGCUAUGUUCCACCAUAUAAUGGCUACGGUUAUCAGGCUCCUGGAACUUAUGGCCUCAUGCAGUAUCGCCUCUCACCCAUGCAGAGUCAACCUGGUUAUCAUAAUAUGAUACCUCAAGUAAACCAAGGAAAUGCACUAAGAGGUAUCAGUCCUGAUCUUGCCCCAAAUAUGGCUCCGAGAAAUUUUGGUAUGCCCCAUGCAAAUUAUGUGGGAUCAGCUUAUCCUGCAAUGCCAGGGCUUCAGCAUCCCAUGCAUUAUCCUGGAGGAAUGAUGAGUCCCCGACCAUUAAGUGGGUCACCUGGGUCAGUGCAUGCAGUUGUAAGCAGUAACUCUGCAACAUCUCCAGGGUCAAGUAAAAAUUCUGGGGGUCAAGUUGAAGGUCCACCUGGUGCUAAUUUAUUUAUUUAUCACAUACCUCAAGAGUAUGGAGAUCAAGAUCUUGCCAGCGCUUUUCAAGCUUUUGGUAGGGUCUUGAGUGCUAAGGUUUUUGUUGAUAAAGCAACUGGCGUCAGCAAAUGUUUCGGAUUUGUAAGUUAUGACUCGCCAGAUGCUGCCCAAUCUGCCAUUAGUAUGAUGAAUGGGUAUCAAUUAGGUGGCAAGAAAUUAAAGGUUCAACUAAAAAGAGACAACAAACCGAACAAACCAUAUUGAUUUGAAGGUUAUUGAUGGAGGGGGGCGGGAUUCUUUAUUAAAAGCGGUUGAAGCAAGCUUGAUAUUUCGCACUCGGUGCAGUAUCAGGCUUCAUGGGGUGGAUUGAGAUCAUCUGUUCUAAUAUGCAUAACUCCAUCCUGCUUCUAGUUUCCUCGAUGGGAAUAAAAUUCCUGAAACUUGUAACUGAUGGUGCAAUUUGUGCCAAAAAAUCUGUAACUUGUGUAUCAUUGAAAUUCACUUAGACAGUAAUUUAUCAAUUUAUUGAUUCUUCCUUCAGAACAUCUUGUUGUAUAAUUGAUGGAAACUUUCAUGAAAAAAUAGCUGAUUCUUUUUA